AUGUUACUGACAACAGGAUUACCAGUUUUGCUUGUAGGCUUCCUAGAGCAUGGAUAAUGUCUCUCCUAUUCUGUCAAUCACCUGUUGCAUACAUAGGGAUAGCAUAAGCAAUUUGAAUAAUGUUAAAUUACACUAAGAUUUAUGUAAAUACUUGUUACAGGGCAGGGUUUUUUUGUGUAAAACUCUUGGUCUGGUUGCUGACAGAACGUGCUUUUUCUCAGUGAGCAAGCCAGUAUCAUCUUGGUUAAAAGUGGUAGCUGUGUUUAAAAGGCAUCAGUAAACUAUAUCAAGGUUUGGGUCUUCCAAGUAUACAAUGAGUCGUUGAAGCUGAAAGACGGUUCCAAGAGCUUUCUGAAACCUUAAGCUGAACAGCAGUAAACUUUUGAACUUGAAACUUGUUUGGGACUUUCUGAUUGUAAAAGGUACUUUUUAUUAUAAGCCCGGUGGAAAAUACUUGAGUAAUAGUAUGUUUUUGUACAAAAGGCAGAGGAAAAAAUAGAUAUUUUAGGCAAAAACAAGUUGGCAUCCUGCUACAUCAGAUCUUAAGAUGGGAUUGUAAUUUUCCAAGAUGUAAAAGAAGUUACCAUUGGCUGUAGUACUGAAAUCAGUUCUUCUCUGUUCUCCCUAUUCUGUGGUCAGAUGGAGUGCUCACUACUGUGGCAUAGUUUUGGGGAGGGAGGAAAGGUGGUCAUUUUGGUAAGCAUGUAAAAAUACCUUUUCUACAGAUACUGGCUCUUUACUAGCCUGAAUACAGGAUUGCCCAUCAAUAACUGGUCUGGCACUCUAGCAGGACCUGUUGAGUUAGUGAUGUAAAUUUGGGGGGUGAAUACAUGUCUCCAAGUCAAAAUUGCCAGCGUCUCCAACAGGGAGACAAUUUUACUGGCAGAAAACAUCUAGACUUUGCCUAAUGGUGUGUAAAACUCAUAUUUAAAAUUGGGAGUGUAGUUCGUACUGUGUAACAGUGACUUGUUCUUUGUGAACCAGGAGAUUGAAUUGAGGGAGUAUGGCUUGAGGGUCUGACCCAAGCCUUGCUGAAGGCAGCAGGGAGAUUGUUCAGGGCAGGAGGGGGAACGUAUUAGUUCCAGGAACUGUUUAAAAUAUUCCUGGCAAUAGACCUGUAUUUGAUUAAGCAUUUGCUUUAUCCUGACUGUCUUCUGCUGGUUAGGGGCUAAAGAAUUUUCGCUGUGAUACUAUGGCCACCUACACUUGUUUGAUUUUCCCAGCAGGUGAACUUAUUCAGAUGAGGAAGACAGUAAUAACGCUUUUCUCUGGUGCUGAUGCAAUAAAUGACUGCUUCCUUUAGCAAAGCAAAUAGCUCACUGGGGUGUGUAGACCAAAACACCUGUUCCACACUACGAGUUUGAAGAGAACGUUUUUUCCAUACUAAAGUCUAACAGCGUCGGGAAAGAGGUUUUGCACAGGGAGCCUCCUUGAAAGUCAUGGAGGGGUCCUCUCCAUAGCCUCCAGGAGCUGCCACAACAAGGCUGUCUUGCUUUGAGGUUGGUAAUGAUUCUUUCUGGUGAAGGUCUAGUUGUUUCACAACCCAGUAAAUCCUCAGUCUUCAGCUCAACAGAGGAAUGAACAUCCAUUAGUUGGGGGAUCUUCCCCUCUGAAAAACACUGCAGCUCUUUCCCUCUUGAACGUAACAGUGCCACUGAGCAGCAAUAAAUCUUUGUGCCGGGAAAACUCGGCGUGCUUGUCAGUGCAAGGGAGCACAGCGGAGAAAGGAAAUGUCUGUGAAACCACAGCCUUGGGCGCUCAAAUGUUUAGCUGUGCUGGUGAGCAAAAGGGUUUGAGACCAUCUGAAAAAUUAAAUAUGAUCCUGUAUUUCUCAUGGUCUUAUGUGUCUCAGCUAGCUAUCACCUAGGCAAAGGCUCUGAACAGAUUUCAGGAAUUGGGUAAGGGUCUUCCUGGCUGACCAUGAUUUGAAUGAUGUUGAAGUGUUUUGCUCAUGGCUUUUUACAGUAGGUGGGUUUCGUCAUUUCAUUAGAAAUGGAAGACGAGUGCAAAAUCCUCAUAUCUGAUUUCCUUCUUGUUUCUUUUUAUAAGCUCUGGUUUGUUCUUAUUUAUGUAGUAAAAAAAAGUUUUACUGAGAAGUAGGAGUUAAAACGGUACUACGCAAUGUCGCGUGCUUUGCUCUGUUGCCUUCCUGGAUUAUAAAUAACACAGCAACUUUCUCUUUCCUUUCCAAUAGUACUGCUCUGUGGCAGUCUUGUGAUGAGGUAUGUGGCAUUCUGCAAGUUUAAAUGGAGCAAAGAAGAUCCUUCUUCUCCAGAGAUGUGGAGUUAAAGGCUCUGGGUGUUCUGCUCUUAUAGCUGUUCUGGGCAGCAGCAAACUAAUACGUUUCUUUAGCUGUGACCUUAGGAACAUUUUUCCUAUUCUGUAGCCACUAACCUGCCUAGCCAGACCUUUGUGGAUCAGAGGGAGUUUUGUGCCCAAGGCAGGAUAGAUGAGGCGGUGUGGUGCCCUUUCAGCCUGUGGCUGCCAGGGCAUUGCUUUUCAGAGCAGCAGAGCAGCCUGCAUCCCAAAGCGGUCCCAGGAGUCUGGGUGUGAUGCAAAGGCACAUCCAUUGACUGGAACCAGCUGGGAAGCGGUGGUGAGGCUUGCUUACCAGCAACCAGUCUUUGGAUUAAACAGGAUGCCGCUACCAAGGGUUUGGCCACCCUGCUUCCUCCCACAAAAUAUGCAAGUAGGGGGGAAUUUCUGGCCAGGAAAGGUGUGUCAACUUGGGACAGUGGCAGAGGUGCUCUCCUUCUGCAGCGGGGUCUCCCCACCCUCCCUGGCCCUGUGGGCAGAGGGCAUCAUGCCUGCAGAGCUGUCCGCAGCAUCCCAAGGGUCCCAGAGGUUAACCCCUCCUUAAAUCUCCAACCCUUCCUGCUGCCUAAAAGUGGAUUUUGGGCAUAUUUGUUUGCAGCAAGGUAAGGAAGAAGCAGAGGAAAACCUUAGUUUUCUAUUGGGAAGUGCCUGUCGGUCUUUGCUGUGGACAGGCUGCAUGUCUCUGAAGUAGUCUUUUGAUUGAGGCACUGGUAGGUUAGGGGGCUUGGUUUGAGUUUUGAUAUUUCACUGUAGUCUCCCAGAGCAGGUUCCCUCAGAUGUGGAGGUGUUGGAACGAGGCUUUGCAAUGCGAGAUGCUAAGCAAAACGUUGAUUUUUUUUUUUUUUUUUUUUUUUUUUUUUCCAUGUGUCCCUGAAGGUCAGAAAUUUGCCAGAUGUAGGGGGAAUGAGGCUGAAAUAACUUGGUAAAGCAUUCCUGGUGGAAAACUUUCCACUUGCCCCUGAAUUCAUAUGCCGUUUUCUUACUGCGUGGUGUUGUGGAUCCCUGCCACAGUAGGUUUGACUAAUCUUUGCCUGUAACUCAGAACUGAUCUGUGUUGGGAACCUCUUUUUUUUUUUUUUUUUUUCCUUUUGAAAAAUGAAGUGAAAGUUUAUCAACCAGUACAGUUAAAUGAGAGCUCAGCCAGCCAAAUGAGGAAGUAAAACCUUCCUAUAGAAUGAGCUCUAACCUGCUCACUGCACUUGUUUGCUUUCAGUUGACAUCAGCCUUGCCAUAAAGCCUCUAAACACAGGCUGACGACUUCCUUGUGAGCCUGGUACUGCUCUGAAUCCAGCUUCUGGCUCGUGAAUGGUGGGACGAUAUUGCUGGAACGCAGAAAGAGCAGCUGUCAGCUGAUGCCUGUUGGACAAGGCUGGGAAGACAAGAGCACUGGGUUUAAAGGAACGUAAAUGCCUGCUAAGAUGGCACUGGCCAGUUCACUUUCUAGCAAACCAGUACCACCACGCUCCAGAAAAGUUUCUACGGUGGGUGUGGAAGUGCACCAGAGCAAGCUGGAUUUUUUCUGCAAGCUGGGCUAUGGUAAGCAGGACAUCUGCAAAGUGCUGGAGAACCUGGGCCAAGGGGCCCUGGAGGAUGAUGUGCUGAAAGAGCUGAUUCGGAUGGGGAGCAAACCUCAAGCUCUGGAGAGCCAGGCUCAGUCUUCCCCGCUAAAACUUGUUGCCCGUGGAUCAUGUAGCACCACACCAGGGUCCAAGUGGCUUGGAGAAGAUGAAAGUGACUCUUCCGAUUACUUGAGACCCAUUGUGAUCGAUGGCAGCAAUGUUGCAAUGAGUCAUGGAAACAAAGAGAUAUUCUCCUGCUGGGGGAUCCAGCUGGCGGUGGAUUGGUUUCGAGAGAGGGGGCACACGUACAUCAAGGUUUUUGUCCCACUCUGGAGAAAGGAGCCCCCUCGACAAGACAGUCCCAUUGCAGAUCAGCACAUUCUUGAAGAGCUCGAAAAGCAAUCAAUCCUUGUGUACACCCCAUCCCGGAAGGUGAAAGGCAAGAGGGUAGUUUGCUACGAUGAUCGCUACAUAGUGAAAGUUGCUUAUGAGAAAGACGGAAUCAUUGUUUCCAAUGAUCAUUACCGGGAUCUCCAGAAUGAAAACCCCGAGUGGAAAUGGUUUAUUGAGCAGCGACUACUCAUGUACUCUUUUGUCAGUAACAGGUUUAUGCCUCCCGAUGAUCCGCUAGGCCGGCAUGGACCCACUCUUAAUAACUUCCUCAGCAAAAAGCCAGUGCUUCCUGAACCAAAAUGGCAGCCUUGCCCAUACGGUAAAAAAUGCACCUAUGGCAAUAAAUGCAAAUUUUACCACCCAGAGAGACCACAUCAAGCUCAGCUCUCAGUUGCUGAUGAACUCAGGGCCAAAAUCAAGGUCACGUUAAGCCUGGGGAAAGAGAAGUGCAACCGCUUGCCGGACAGGACCGGGAUAGAGCCUGCGCCCUCUGAUGCCUGCACAGAAACGCUGCGAGAAGCCAGUGGCGGCGCAGGGGCUUCCUGCUACCCAGGGUGGUCCCAGGGAAGCUGUCCUGAGCAGCCGUCCAGUGCCUGGGCCGGCAGCCCAGGCUCUGACCUGGGGGUGGACCAGAGGUUGCUACAGCCAGAGCUGCUGCGAGACCAGCCGCUCCUGGAGAAGAUGUCAGCGCUAUCUGUUGGUGAUGACACCUACUGCUACAACUGGUCCAUGCGUACCUCUCAGGACAGAGAGGUGACGGACAGCCCUCAUCGCUGCGGUGACCUCAGGCACAACCUGUACUCGCUUCAUCACCCCCAUAGCUUGGACCACACCUGCAUACUGGGAUGCCCUUUCCAGCAAAGGGUGCUCCCGCCGGCGCUGGGCAGGAUGCACCCAGCCCACAGCUGGCCUCAGGAGUGCUGCGGCAUGCAGGGGAUGGGUCAGAGGAGCCACUACGUCCCUCAUAGUGCUCAGCACAAACAGGCCCUGGAGACUCAGCGCCUUGUUUUGCCACAGUCCGCAGCUCUUCCCCCUGACCUGCUUCACUUGUACAGCGAGCAUCAGCAGCACCGUUUCCCCAGCCGGCCCCCACAGCGGCCCUUUCUGUUAGACUCAAGCAACAGACUGGGCUUCUUCCAGAAACCCCAUGCUUACCCUGAUGCCUCUUACGGUGACUACUGGCCCGCCCCAGCUGCAAGGCCACCCUCUGCCCAGCAGGCAAAUGUACACAGGGAGCUGUGCUCUCUUUUCCCUUACAGUGAGGUGAACCACAUCAUGGCUUUGUACCCCGAUAUCAAGGAUAUUGCUAGCUUGACUUUACUGAUUCAAAGACACAGAAACUUGUGAAACCGUCCCCAUCAAACCUUUCCCAACAAGCACAAGUUCUGGGGCAAAAAGAUGCUACUCUGAGGCUUAACUAAGUGUUAUUAAAGGGCUUUAUGGUAAGGGUUAUAGCUGUCCCAGGAGCGCAAGUCCAAGCAUCAACCAGCUAUGUCACAUGGGGCAUCAAGUCAGGGCAAAGACUGCCGUUCAUUGUGGUGGGAUCUCAUUCACCUCCCAUGGGAGUGAACAGGAGGGCUCAGGCUAACUGGGCUGUCAGCAUUUGAACCUCACUGAUGACUGGGUUCUGGAUGGCAUAGAACUUCGUUAAUGCCUUGACACACUAGACAUGUUUUUAAAGUCCUAACCUAUUGUUCAACUACCAUAAAAGAACCAUGCUCUGUGGUCCCCAGUAAAGGGCUCUCCACAGCCCCCCAUGAAUGCUUGCUCAGCUAGCAUAAAAAGUAAUUAUUUGGCCUAUUUUCUCUAAGACAGGGCUGUGCUCUCUGCUAGAAGGCAUCUUUGGGUCCAUAUUAUUUCCUGAUACAGGCCCAGCCCUGUAUCAGUAAGCUUUCAACGAUGCACCUCGUGUUUAUAAACCAAUGCUGUGUACAGACUAGCAGGGGUGGUGGAGGUACACCAGAGCGCUUGAAGAUAGCUGCAGGUACACUUCUCAGGGAUCACGCCCGAUGUAAGUCAAAUCAGGGAAGUCAUCUUCAAUACAAGUCCUGAUGUAGACUGAGGACUCAGGCUUGUUAAUUCAAAAAGAAGAAAUCCAGAUGAUGCCAAGGGGAAAAGAAGAAAAAAAAAAAAGAAAAAAAAAAAAAGAGAGCUUUAAAAUGUCUCUGUUGUAUCAAACAAGAAAACUAUUGUGGACUUAACUGUUAAUUACCAAACAUGGUCCCAUAAUGCAAUUACACAGCUGAUUUAUGAUUACAAACAUUUAAACUGAGUUCUGUUGGGACAUAUUUGGUUUUCAGUAAGCUGUAAAGCUGCUAAUCUCUGCAUUAUUCCACUGAAUUCUUCAGGUUAUAAUUCAAAUAUUAAGGUUGAUCCUGAAGGUUUUUGGCAUUUUACCAAAGUUUAAGUAUGUCAGUGUGACAUGUUCUAAAAAUGCUUUAACACAUUAUAAAAUGGUCAUCUAGAACACUUAAUUCUGAAAAAUGUCUUUGUUUUUCUUUUUUGUUUGUUUUAAUUUUUUUUUCUUUUCCAUUCCUCUUAGCACUGAUGCUUCAUCAAGUCCAACAUUCAGGUGGGAUUUACAAACUCUCUGACCUUGCAGUAUCUCUGUUAGGUUCUUCUCUGAAGUGCAAUCAGUGAUGUUGCUCUUAGGCAGGAAUUAAACAUGGCCCUCGCUGACAACUCUGAAUUCUCUUGCUUUCAAAAAGGUGACUAAGGAGUAGUAAUUUACCAUUAGUGACAUUAUCACAUGAUGCAUUUUUUGAAGGUGGUGAUAGUUUGACCUGUUUCCCUCUGCAAACCACCAGCAGCUUUUUUUUUGGUGGUGGUGGUUAAAGAAUCUUCAGGAAAUAAGUAUGCUGCAUCCGUUCAAUCUCUUAUGGCCAUGCGGUUGGCUCCAAGAAAUUCUAAUUUGGAGUUUGGAGGUAUGAUUUGUCUUCACAGAAUGUGACAGGUUUUUUUCCAUAUGUCAUGAAUUUUCCUUUUAUUAUAGUCAUAAUAUAUAUAUUAUAACUGGAUCACCAACAUGGCUUAUAAAUUUAUCCACUGCAUAUUACAUAAAGAUGAGAAAUGACAUUAAAACAAAACUAUGGCAUAAAUGCCCUGUGAAAUGCUUUGAAAAGUACUUGAGUUCCACAGCCAUCAUUAGUUGCGCUGAAAUAUGCCACACACCACACUUAACACACUGAAGCGACCCGAGACGUUUCAUGGAUUAAAUGCCUAUAUUGUGCCUAUGCAAGGCCAGGCUCAUUGGCUUGCCUAAGCACCUGUACUGGAGCUUUCCCAGCUACUGCUGUACACAUAUGUACACUCACAGAGAAAGUGUGAAUGCAGAGUGGAAAAAUACCUUCCACAUACUCAAACAGAGCAAGUCCCAGAUGACAGCAUUUGGAAAAUAUACACACAGCAAUGGGGCAGGAUAUAACCAUACAUGUCAACAUUUAUUUUUAUGUCUGGAAUGUACGUUACAUAUUUCAAUAGAGAAAGCAUUUAAAAUCUAUAGGAAAAUUGGCACGCUGCCUUUCUAUAGGGCCUUUGGCUUGCUGGAGACAUGUGCAUAAGCUUUUCUCCUUUUCCUUUGAGGAUGCACAGGAAUUUGGUGGUUGUUCAAAACGCUCUCUUGAUGUUUAAUAACUUAUUUUUCUUUCAUUUCUGUCUGUCUGUCUGGGGAAUCUUUCAGUAAAAUACAUAGAAUGUGCAUUCUGCUGAGAAAGUGUCUGAGAAAAUAAAUCAGACUUUGGCGCUGAAGAGAACUCGAUUUCUCUUGGCUCUUCUCCUGACCAGA